CGCAACAUUUCCCGAAACAGCUUUCCAGAUCAGGAAGUCUGAGAGACCAGUACUGAAGUGUUAUCUCGCAGCAAACUAUGUUAACAUUGCCUUAAAACUCGGGCGUAUCAAAGGGAACUAGCGGAAUAAAUCGUUUCAGUAAUGGAGAUAAACAGGCUUGUUCGCAGUAGGACGUGUAUCAUCCUGCUGAUUUUGGGGAAUACUGCGACUCUUAUUGCUGUCGCUGGUGUUAGUGAUGAAACAAGCUCCAGUCUUGACUGUACCAACGACUUUGAUAAACAGAUGUUUUGCCAGUUUCAAGCACAAAACUGCCCUGAAUACAAUUUGACCCUUCUGAGCAACGACGGAUAUGGGAUGAAGCAUUGUACUCCCAGUCAGUGUGAUAGUGGACAGUGUUGCUGCUCUGUCCAAAUGAUACUUGUUCCAGGGGAGUCUUCUACAGCAGUGGUUUGGAAAGAAGGCCAAAGAAUGGAGUCCAAGAUUGUCAACAUCAGUGAAAGCAUAAAACCCAAAACCCCAACAAUCAUCUCAGUGGAAGAUGUCAACGGUAGUUUUCGAGUCUCGUGGAAGACAAACACAAUGGGUUUCUUUGGUAAUGACUUGGAAGCUAAUGUGACGUACCAUAAAAAAGGAGACACAGAAAUGGUCUCUGAAUUUGUCAAACCAGCUACCAUUAAUGGACUGAAAUUCCAUGAAAUUUCUCGUCACAAUCUGGAGCCAAGCACAACAUAUGUGGUCAGUGUGAAGAGCUACACUGAUUGGAGUGGCAAGUUCAGUGACAGUAGCAACGAGUGGGAAUUCACAACUCGUGCCUCGAAUUAUCCCCUGCUCUUGGCUAUCAUCAUCAGCCUCAGUGCUGCUGCAGUCCUAUUUACCAGUGCUAUAUCUUACUGUUGUAUCAAGUUGAAGACAAAGUGUUGGGACAAAGUUGUCAAAAUUCCAAGUCCAAAACUUCUUAAUAUGCUUCCAAAGAAACAAGAGGCCUUGAAGCCUGAGAAACUCCUCAUCUGCAAAGUCAGUAUUGAGUACCUUAUUCGAGAUGACGUCAAAGGAUCGUCGACGGAGUCCAUGGCAGACAGUGAAAUUAGUAAGAGCCCUGAACAAAGCAGUGGAAUAAGCACCGGCUCCUCUUGUCUCAGUUAUGCUAACACAGAGCCACAUGACAUUAUAGCCACUGUUCAGGAUGCCCUGGGUAAAGCCUUCCCCGGUAUCAGCCCGAUAUCUCCUAUGACCACCAGUCUGCUUACUGAAUCAAGCAAAGACAGUGGUUUAUUCUCCGCUCCCUUCAAUCCUUUUAGUGUCAGAGCCAAUGACACGAGUUCUGGAUCAUCAGACUUUGACAAUAAAACCUAUUCCAUCCACAUUCUCCGCCACCCAGAUCAGAACCUGAUGGACAGCUCUGAAGUCCAGACCCAGCCUGACAUGGUUUGUGACUCUGCAUACCAUCCUAGUGAGGGUGACAUAGUGACCUGUCUUGACCAGCUGGUACCAACUUGUCCCGUUCUUGAUUUGCCACCAGUGGCAUCAUCUCUCAUGCCAACAGAUAUGUCGUAUCAGCAGUGCAAUGCAGAUUCUGGGAGAUUCUCAUACGUCGAAGACUCCAGUUUGUCCUCCACCUCCAAUGACUCCAACAUGGUUGUGUCAUGCGAUCCUGUGUACAGAGCUGAGUCUGGGUGUGAGAGUUCCGAUGAUUGCGCCUGUGGCACGACGAAGCCAAAUGGAAAAAGUGAAGAGGCCAUCGUAUGUGAUGAAAAUCCCUGCUAUGGCCGCUUGCCUGCUUUUUCACAUGGCUUUCCUCAAGUGGAUGACGACUACCAGGCAUUUCAAAAUGUAGUGGGGCAGCCCGAUGUUUUGUUUUCUGAGCAGAGAAGCGGGGAGAGAGAGGAACAUCUGGACAAGUAUCCAGAGAAGUCAUUCACCAACAUCCCUCCAGUGAUUCCAGACAUCAUUAACAGUGUCCAGGGUGGCCAGUGUCUCCCUGAGCUCCAAACACCUCUCCUGUCUUUGAUCUGUGCUGACCAGCCUAUGGCAGUAAUCACAGACAGUGGCUAUCAAAGUGUGUAGGGCUGAGUCUUUAUGCAUUCAUGUUUUUCCAUUAUUAUUUUCCGCAUCUUUAGAUAGUAAGCACUGUUGACAUCUGCUGUUUAUGAUCAAGUGAUAUGACUGAAAGCUCCAGAAUAGUCAGUAAAUGGACCUUGAGUAAAUGUUUUCUCAGCAGUGAUGUGACUUUUUUAAAGGAUGUAGAUAUUUAUUUUAUUUUUUUAUUUAUUUAUUUUUUUUGCUUUGCUUCAAAGAAAGCACACUUUUGCAACUUAAGUCAUUUGUGAAUACUUUGGAACUGUGCACAGUUUUUAGAUUGUAUGUUUAGUUUUGAUGUAAAAACAUCCUUAAAGUUUGUACACAACAAAAAAACCUUCCUGUACAAUUUCUGUCAGUAAUGAAAGGCAGUUGUUUUGAGUAUGCUUGCUACAAAUGCUGUCAACUCAUGUAUCUGUAACCCACAUGGUAACUAAUGUCCUCUGUUUUUCAAAUUUAAAUGUACAUAGCUCACGAUGAAUGCACAUGUGAAAUGCUGUUGAACCACACUUUCUGAAGUUUGUUUGGAAUGUAUCAAGCCCAUGUAAGACUUCUGUGAUGUUUAAGUUAACUGAAGAGCCAUUUUUGGUAGAAUAUUUGAAUCUUUUUAUUUGAGCACCAACAGUUGUGUCACAACAAGCCAGAGCAGUCAGCUGAUACGCUGAAAUUACUUCCUCAUAGCUCUUCUCUGGAACUGCUACAGCACUUCAAUAGAAGCACUCUCUACUGUCACACAGUAGACAAUUAUCAUCAUCACAGCUAAUACGUGUGACUUAAAACAAACCUAUUUCACUGUAUUAUAGAAUGAAACAGUGUGAGUGUGAGCCAGUAUUAAAUGUUACUAUUAAGGCUUCCAAUAAAAGUUCCUCACAUUGUCCUGAGCUGUUUUUGUUUUUGCCA